GACACGAAGUGGUUGUAGAUAAGUGACAUUUGUUACCGGAGAUCCAACAUGGCGAGGUCAUCCAUACUUCUUCUGGCGCUGUGCGUUCCCCUAGUGCUGUGCGCAAACUCCCAUUCUCACGGUCACCAUGGCCACGCGGUAGAUUACACUCAUUACGUGGACGAGUUGUGGACCAACGUCAACUAUGACCACGACACACUGCAUUUUACGACGGUAGAGCUCCACGACUUUCUUGUGUUCGCCGACACCAACAAGGACGGUUCUAUUACCCGUCACGAGUACGUCACGGCCGCCACCAAGGACGCCCCGGACCUUACCGCAUUCUCACACGGACUAUUCGAUACGUUCGAUGCUAAUAACGACCAUCAUCUAACACUUGACGAUACUACCGCCCUCUAUGACCGCAUGGACAGCGACGGGGAUGGAUUCAUAACGAAACCCGAAUUUUAUACCUUUUGGACCAAUGUGCUGACAUCCCUUGCCCAUACCCAUGGCAAUGGAAAUUUGCUUGGAUAACUCUGUUUGUAUGUCAAAUUAUUAAACAAUACCCUAC